AUGCAAAUUUGCUGCUACUUUCAGCUUUUCGUAUUAUUGCUGUGUUUCAUGCUAUACGCCUUUUCCUACUUGAUGGAUUUCAAAAUCAUUCACAACAUCAGAAAGGAAGCAGAGCGAGUUGAAGAUAUGCAACGCCGCCAUCACGACCUUCGACCUGAUGGUGUUGGCCGGUAUAUACAUUGCAUCUAUGCGGUAGGAGAGUUUACUCUCUCGCCUUAUCAGCACGAAGAAAAAUACCGUGUACUUUCCAAGCUCGAACCAGCAUUUGAUCUUUCUUGCAAUAACAGCAUCAUAUCUCCUGCAUUAGACUUUCUAUUUGCUAUAUCUGUUAUAUUCGUUGAAUGCCUCACCAUAGUCUACAUUCACAACAAUACGCGAGGCGAUACUCAAGGACAAGAUGAAACAUCACAAUAA